AUGACGAAGAUCAACGACAUCAACGUACUCAUCACAGGCAUGGGCCCUUACCCUGACGGUGAUGGUGGGCAUAUCGACGUCAACACGUCUCACCUCAUCACGACUCUUCUUCCAAAAACUCUGGACCCCAAUACGCCACUCAACCCCUCCCCCACACGCAUCAACAUCAUCACGCUCCCUGACCCGGUCAAGACGGAGUACAAGUACGUUCGGGAAUUCUGCAAGGACCUGCACACCAAGCACGCCGAGGACGUAGACUUGUUCAUCCACCUCGGAGAGGCUCGUGGAUGGGACUGGCUCACGAUUGAGCGGGUUGCAUAUAAACAGGGCAUGAGCAGUACUUGGUGGGGGCCAUAUUAUGGACCACAGGAAUACUACCUGUGGAAAGACGACAAGGACUUGACCGUCAAAGAUAUUGGGCCAUGUCCAUGGGACGGCGUGCCGAUGGGCCUGCAGAGUUUUUUGAACCCCGACAGGGUCGCUGACGGCGCCAACACGAUCCUGAAAACCCUUUAUCAGUUCGGAAAGCCCGGUGCUUCCGUUGCUACAGUUGGAAAUGAGGAUGACAAUGUUCCUAUGCCGAAAGCCGAUGCCACCGAAGCCAGCCUUCCGAUCAAUAUCAAACCCCACGACGAGGGUGGUCCAAUGAUGUGCGGAUUCAUCAACUACGAAAGUCUGGCGAACCGCUACGUCAGGAAACUCAAGCCAAACGUGCUUUUCUGUCACAUCCCCGGCGAGGCGGACGCAAAGAACUUGAAGCGGACUGGUGACGGGAUUCUAGCCAUCGUCGUGGCAGCAGCGGCUGAAGUUCUCCGUCUAGACUUGAUGAAUUAG